CAAGACUUCCAGAAACUCUUGAGGACCUUUCCUUUCUUUUGAUUUUUGGUACUUUCGUUUGGGACGACUUAGCAAGAAGAGAUGGUGUCUGCCGGCUUUCAGAUGAUGGGCACCGCCCUAUGCAUCAUCGGCUGGAUCGGGGCAAUCGUCGUCUGCGCCCUCCCCAUGUGGAAGGUGACCGCAUUCAUCGGCCAGAACAUCGUCACCGCUCAAACAACCUGGGAGGGCAUCUGGAUGACCUGCGUGGUGCAGAGCACGGGCCAGAUGCAGUGCAAGGUCUACGACUCCAUGCUGGCCCUCUCCUCGGACCUCCAGGCCGCCCGCGCCCUCGUCAUCAUCUCCAUCCUGCUCGGCAUCAUAGGCAUCCUCUUCGCCCUCGCAGGGGGCAAGUGCACCAACUGUGUGGAGGACGAGGUGGCAAAAGCCAAAAUUGGCGUGGUGUCCGGCGUGAUCUUCAUCCUCGCUGGGGUUCUCUGCCUCAUCCCCGUGUGCUGGACGGCAAACACCAUUGUUAGAGACUUCUACAACCCACUGCUGCAGGGAUCUCAGAAGAUGGAGCUCGGAGCUGCACUCUUCAUCGGCUGGGGGGCCUCAGGCCUCCUCAUCCUGGGUGGUGGACUCCUCUGCGGCAACUGCCCUCCCAAGGACAACUACACCGUUAAGUACGCCGGUGUCCGUCCAAACGCGCCCAAGGACUUUGUCUGAAGGAGUAAGAGCCGAAAGAGACUGGAGAAAAGAAAAGACUUGAGUCGAAUGCUUUGUGGUCCAUGAAAUUGAUUUAUUUUGCCUUUUAAUUUCACAGUGAUUUUACUGUGCUCAAUGUUUAGUUUGAUGCUUUCAUGUUGACUUACAGCACUUCAACAUUGGUCUUAUAAGUGCCAUCACUUUUACAUAUCAUUUCAUUCUCAAAAUGUGUAUUCUAUGUCUAUGACUGUCUGAAACUGUAAAUAAAGAUGUUUUUUAUCAAUGA